ACAGGCAGCUUGGAGAGGAUUAAACUUCUACACACACACACACACACACACACACACACACACACACACACACACACACCGGAAGUUGACUGAUACACGAGAAACGCUUCUGUUCUCCAUAAAACAAACAAAAACAACAGUGUGUCUUACAGGGGAGAGUGCGAGACAGAGAGAGAGAGAGAGAGACAGAGAGAGACAGGGAGAGAGAGAGAGAUGAGCAUGGCCGUGAGUAUUAACACGCAGGACGAAUAUGAGGACGACUUUGAGAAAGAUCUGAACUGGCUGAUCAGUGAGGACAGCAAGAAUAAUCAGCAGGAUGAAGAUGACAUUGAAGCCCAGAUAGACCGUGAGCUGGAAGAUGAGGAACAACAGAAGGAAGUUGACCAAGGGCAAAGUAAACACAGCACAGACGACGAUGGAGAUAGCGAAAGAUGGCCGACGCCCAUGGACCCUUUGGAAGAUGAGUUAGAUGUCGACGCUGGAUCUAAACAUGAGCAGGAUGAUGAAGAUUUGGAAGAGGAGAAGAAAUCCAUCCAUAAGAAGAUCGAGCAGGCCAACAAGCAGCUACAGGACCAGGAGGCGCCGGAUGAGACGCGUCGCCGCCGUCUGCACUUCAAAGACACGCUGGUGGACCUGGUGGUUCCUGCCAGCGACCUGGAGGACAGUCCGGCAGACGUUUCAGGCGACAUGCUGAAGCUAAAGAUCUCCACUCAGGCGGAAAGCGACGGACCAGACGGACACAGAGAGGGAGCGAGAGAAGGACGAGUGCUGGUGGAGAAGGAUGGGAAAUUUGAUCUAGUGAGUCUGAAAGAGAUGGAGAGUCCCGGGCUGCUCCCGCCUCUCCCUGAGACUCAACGGGAACAAGGCAAGAGUCCGUCCUCUUCCCCGAAACCACUCUCCAGCUCCGGUUCUUCAGCCUCCUCCGAACCUCGCUACGCACCCAGGCCUCCGACACGACCGCGGGCGCGUCCCAAUUCAGCCAGCAACAUGCAAAGGAUGGUGUUUAGACACGGCAGCAAGCGUAGGGUUCAAUCAGCCAGCGGGGUUUCGACUCAUGCCACAUUUUUCCUCUCGCCGCAGCAGAAAGAUGUGCUAAACAAACAACAGGAGAGGAGAGAGAAAAUCGCCAGAGAGGAAGAAGAGCGGAGGCGUGAGGAAGAGGAGCAGAAGCGCCAGGAGAACGAGCUGGCAUUCAGGUCGUGGCUGAUGAAGAAGAAGCAGCAGCUGCAGGACAACAGGAGAGUGCAGAGAGCUCAGGAGAUGGAGAGGAUGAGCGGAAAGAGGGAAUGUUGUGACUGCGAGGAGGCCUUUAAACAGUGGCUACAGAAGAAGCAGCAGCAGCAGCUGAAGGAGCGACAGCUGGAGGAGAUGAGGAGGCUCGAGAUGGAGAGCAGCAGCUACCUGCACCAACCUGAGGAGUGUGAGAAAGCCUUCAGAUUGUGGUUGAGGAGGAAGCGGGUGGAGAAGCGCUUGGAGCAACAGGCUGCUCGAGAGCGCUCCCGCAGGCUGCUGAUGGAGGAACGACGGACCAGACGCAUGCAGGACCUCUACUACCCCGUCAACGAGAUCCAGUCCCUCCAUUUCAACCAGCCCUACCGCUUUUAACACCGGCCAGUUUUAAAAUCACCACAACUACCACUUCUAAUAUUCACCCAACUCCAAAAUUACCAUGGCGAGCACUUUUCUAGCUCCACCCAAUUCUCAAAUCACCAUUCUACACUCACUGCUACACCUCACAACUGAGCUCCUCCCAGUUCCAGGCUCCGUUUGCAACGGAUCAAUAAAAUCUCAUUCUCAGUUCCCAUGCUUACAGCUCUUUUUCUCCUCCCAACACUGUAUUCAAUCUAUUUCCGUCAUUAACCUUUACACAUAAACCCGUGUAAAAGUAUAUCUACUGAUUAUUUAGCCAGAAUGUAUAUUUUUGUCAUUGUACUACACAUUACACUGUAGUUAUGUCCUAUUUAUGUUGUGAUAUGUUGAAGAUUAUAUUGUGGAGUAAACUCUUAACCUGUUUGAUGGGAAAAAAUACCUAGAUGUAUACUUAUAUUAAUAAAAAUCCAAGCACUAUUUUCUGCAGAA